AUGGAUGAUCUUCCCGGUGAUAUCUUAGAAGACAUACUUUCUCGAUUACCUUUUGAGGUAGAUUUGAAUGCCAAACAUGUAUGCACAACUUGGAGAUCAAUCAUCAUCCGUAAUAAACCUGAAAAGCCGGGUUUCCUUUUCGCUCAUGCUGAUCAUGAUGAGCAUUAUCGUUCCAGCAGAUAUAUAAGACAACUUUUCUAUGAAGAUGAGUAUGAUCAUGAUGAUCCUUCAAAGAUGGGUAUGUAUCAGAACUACUACUAUGACAACAAUUCUAUUACGGAGAUAGAACAUAGCAGAUCUAUUAAGGAAUCAGUCCGGAGAUAUGUCAUGGUUGGUUCCUGCAAUGGUUUGGUUUUAGCAAGGGGGUUUGGCUAUUGUCCUUCUACUAAUGAUUACAAGGUUGUUGCAAUAUUUCAGCAUGAACAAAAAUGGGAGAGAGGACAUGUUCUAGUAUAUACUCUUGGCACCGGGAAGUGGAGAUAUAGUGGAUUUACUGACCAAUGCACAUUCAACUAUUCAUCGGGUAUUCAUAUAAAUGGAGCACUUUUCUGGUUGCACCGAAGUAAUGGUAAAUUACAAGAAAGUGAGAUUGUGGCCUUUGAUCUGGAGGGUGAGAAAUUCCAUUACAUCGCAUUGCCACGUUCUGAAGAUUUUGAAUACAUGGCUUAUAAUUCUCCUCUCAAGUUGCUUGCAGGGAAUAAUAACCUGUAUUUGGUUCAUUCGAUCACUAGAGCUUCUCGCACUGACAUAUGGGUAUACAAGAGAGAUACUGGGAACAAAAUCUUGUCACAUUGGCUUAAAGAGUUUAGCAUACAGAUGGAUUCCCCGCGUUAUUUUGAGGCAUUAGCAAUCACAAGGAGCAAUGCAGUUUUAUGGAUUUAUGAUAAGGGCAAGAGCCUCUGUUGGUAUGACCCUAAAACUUCAACCUUUAACAAACUUCGGGAUAUUGAUAAGGAUUGUGAAGAACGUGUUUACGUUGAAGCAAUUCCUCGCACGCAGAGCAAUGUUUCUUUGAAAGAGUUGGGAGAAACUAAUGUAACUUCUUUGAACGUUGUUUGGCAAGCUUUCUGGGGUGAAAGACGAAGAAGACAUUAUCGGGAAGAAGACGUUAUAUGA